AUGGCGCCAUCAACCGCAUCUAUUGUGGGCGCGCCGCAGUCGCAGCUGUCAGUUGACCCGUCUCGCUACCCCACGGUGCGGCGGGACGAGUCAGUGGUGGAGGAGCUUCACGGUGUGAAGAUUGCGGACUCGUACCGCUGGCUGGAAGACCCAGACUCCGAGGAGACUCAGAAAUUUGUUGAGGCCCAGAACGAGCUGACCAACUCGGUUCUGGCCCAGUGUGACACGCGGGAGCAGUUCAAGGCCCUCUUCACUGACCUGUACAACUACCCCAAGUAUGGCACCCCCUUCAAGAAGGGGUCCCGCUAUUACUACUAUUUCAACAGCGGCCUGCAGCAGCAGUUUGUGCUCUACACCCAGGCCUCCCUCGAGGCCGAGCCGUGGGUGCUGCUCGACCCCAACACGCUGUCAGAGGACGGCACCGUGGCCCUCAGGGACGCAUCAUUCAGCGACGACGGCUCGCUGCUGGCUUACCAGCUGAGCAGCGGCGGCAGCGACUGGGCGCGCAUCAAGGUGCUGCGCAUAAAGGAGGACGGCACAGGCGAGGAGCUGGAGGACACCCUGGAGUUUGUCAAGUUCAGCUGCCUGGCCUGGACGCACGACAACCUCGGGUUCUUCUACAACCGCUACCGCGAGCCCGAGAAGUCCGCAGACCUGGGCACCGAGACCGAGAGCGCCACGGACCAGCAGCUCUGCUACCACGUCCUGGGCACGCCCCAGUCGCAGGACGUCGUGGUGUGGGCCAUCCCAGAGCACCCCACCUGGAUGAGCAGUGCGGAGGUCUCCGACGACGGCAAGCACCUGCUGCUCUAUGUGUCCGAGGGCUGCCAGCCGAAGAACAGGCUGUUCCACCUGGACCUGUCGGUUAUUCCUAAGGACGCCACCACGGGCGCCCUCGACUUUUCGAGGUUUGACUUCUUUGGCAGCGGCGAGAAGCUGCCCGUGUCGAAGCUGGUGGACGAUUUUGACGCCUCUUAUGAUUACGUGGCCAAUGAGGGUGACACUUUCUACUUCAAAACCAACCUGGAGGCGCCGCGGUACAGGGUGGUCAAGGCGCAGCUGCCGGCCCCCGGCCCCCCCUCCUCCUGGCCCGACGUGGUGCCGCAGCACCCCAAGGACCUGCUGCAGUCGGCGGUGGCCCUGGAGGGUGACAACCUGGUGCUGCGGUACCUGCGGGACGUGAGGGGGACGCUCGCCCUGCAUAGGCUGUCUGAUGGCGGACUGGUUACGGACUUUGCGCUGCCGGGCAUCGGCAGCAUCGGGGGUUUCAGCGGAAGCCGCAAGGGCACGGAAUUCUUCUUCUCGUUCCAGAGCUUUGUGGAGCCUGGAGCCACGUACCGGGGGGAUGCAUCUGAGCCCGAAGCCCAGCCGGCCCUGUUCCGGGCCACCAAGCUGAGCGUGGAACAUGACCCCUCAGAUUAUGAGGUCAAGCAGCUUUUCGCCACCAGCAAGGACGGGACCAAGGUUCCCAUGUUUGUGACGCACCGCAAGGGGCUGCAGCUGGACGGCAGCAACCCCACACUGCUCUACGCCUACGGCGGUUUCAACAUUAGCCUGGAGCCCACCUUCAGCCCCUCGCGCCUCACGUGGCUCAAGGCGUAUGGCGGCGUGUACGUCCAGGCCAACCUGCGCGGCGGAGGGGAGUACGGCGUGGAGUGGCGCGACGCAGGCAGCAAGCAGAACAAGCAGCACGUGUUCGACGAUUUCCAGGGAAUGGGAUGGUGUGGGAUGUGA